GUUCAACACGAUGACGCUAUGCGCGUCAAUAUCUCAAUGCACGUAUCGCUAGCAUUACGUUCGCAUCCAAUUGGCGUCUAUAUUUCGGCGACAAACCGGUUCUCCCGGCUCCUCCGACCGCGGUUUCACCAGCUACGGACCGUGAGAUUCGUGUCCAAUCGUGUCCAUGGCGUCUACAAUGUCCCCGUUGGGAGUAAUGGACAUGUAUCAUUGAGCGUGGUCCAUCCCAAACUCGCACCAUCACACCCGGGGAAUGUAAUCAUCCAUCUUCCAUCCGGGCCGCUGUUCCAGAGUGCACGCCUUGAAGGCGCGGGACUAUCUUCUCCUUCUCUCGGGAGAAAUCGAGAUGAACCUGUCAAUACGUCGCACGGCGUCGGCGACACCACUUCCGCCCGCGCACUGGCGGACAUGACAUCCUCAACUGUGGUUACAAUCAAUUACCGACUCGGCGAACUCACCGUACCCGAGGACUCGCCCCGUCGCCAUUCUGAUAGCAGUGAUACAGACCUCAAGAAGGUCACCUACAGAUACCCAACACCCGUCCAUGACACCUUGACAGGCUUCGACUGGAUCCUAGAAACCCUCCAACCAAACCGUCUCGGCGUCGUGGGCACACACAUAGGAGGCUCGUUAGCAUUGAUGCUAGCGCUCACAGAACCGCGAUACAUCCAUGCCGUGGCGGUCCUGGAACCAGUCUGCGACUGGACGUCUCUCGAUGAAUUCUGUACCUCGUCGGGUGCAAGCGCCGGCUCCAGUUUCACCGUGAACCAUCGAAAGAAACCCCACCACGCUCCAGGCGACCUCGUGCCCCUCCUCGAAGCCCGCGAACGCUUCUUCGCGACCCCAGAGCGCUACUUCGACUCGUUCGCAUCACCGAUCCUCUUCCUCCGCUCUGCCGGGAAGGACGUGCCGAAGGCGUGGCCGAGGUACCUCACGGGCCCGGAGUAUCCGAUUCCGCUUCUUACGAAGGAGUCCGAGGACUCGCUGGAUGGGGAAGUUGAGCUGUGGGAUGCGUACCUGCCUGAGGAUAGUGAUAGUGGCUACGAGAGUACGGAGACGUCGUCGACCGCCGAUGGAAAAGAGCAACCUCUUGUGCGUCGCCGCAAGACGCUCGCGAGGUGGCCUCCCUACGGCCUGGAUUACGGAACUAGCGGGCCUCGUCAGGCGUGGAGCCGAGAGCCGGUCCAGAAGCUUGAGAUCACUUUACCCUGGGUUCGUGUUUUUACCAAGGAGAGUCUUUACAGCGAAGGGGUCACUUCAGCAUUAGAACAUACCGAACCGAGACAGUCCGACGAGACUGCAUCCCAGAAACCGUCCUCCCGACGAAGGAGAAACCAGAACGCCACGGUGCUUACCCGCCAAGCGAACGAGAUGGUAGACGUUAUGCGUCGCGCGUGCUUCUGGGGGAGGGAAUCCGGUUUCGCGAAUGAGAGGGUUUCACUGGUUUCGCUUGAGUCGUUGGCUCGUAGUGGACUUGGGGAAUCCAGUCCUUCAGCAUCUGAUGAGAUGAUGGCUUCCCGUGUUGGGGAGUGGCUCGUCGAUGCGCUUAAUGCUACACCAGGUGAUGGAUGAUAAUAACAAUUGAUUCUCUCCAUUCCUCUAUUCAUUCUCUCAUGUCCCUCUCAUAUCUAAGCUGAUAACUCAGCCGUACAACAUACGCAUGGUAGCUGCAGCAAAACCCAAAUAAUUGCCAUCUACCCAUC